CAGUCCUGCGCACGCGUUGUAGCUUCCCGGGCCUCUGCGGAGGAGGUUGUCAGCAGUGGCAGUACUCAUGGCUGGUCCCCUGUGGCGGGCCGCAGCCUUUGUACAGAGACACCGGACAGGCCUCUUGGUGGGUUCCUGUGCAUGCCUGUUUGGAGCUCAAAUCUCAUACCACCUGUUCCCAGAUCCCGUAGUCCGGUGGCUGUACCAGUACUGGCCUCAGGGCCAGCCAGCACCUCUCUUCCCACAGCUGCAGAGUCUCUUCCAAGAGGUGCUACAGGAUGUGGGUGUCCCCUCAAGCCACUGCUACAAGCCUUUCACCACUUUCACCUUCCAGCCUGUGAGUGCUGGCUUCCCGAGACUCCCUGCUGGGGCUGUGGUGGGCAUCCCUGCCAGCUUCCUGGGUGGCUCGGUAAUCAACACUGACCAUCCUGUGGUCAUACAUGGGCAAAAAGUGGACUGGCGGAGCCCAGCAGGCACCCGGCUGAGAGAUUCCUUGACCCUGUCCCAUGAUGCCCAGAAGUUUGCCUUGGCCAGGGAGGUGGUGUACCUGGAAAGUGGUGCAGCUGCCCUGCAAGCUCUGCCAGCCCCAGCUUGCCUGGCAGGAACCUGGGCACUGAGUGUGGGUGCCAAGCAUGCACUGGGGCUCUAUGGAGGCCCCAUGAAUUUACGAGCUGCCUUCAACUUGGUGGCAGCAGUGGCAGGCUUUGUGGCCUAUGCCUUCUCCACAGAUUCUCUCACUCAUGCUCUGGAAGGCUGGCUGGACCGCCGCACAGCAUCCCUGUCUGCAGCCUACGCCCAGGGUGGAGUAGAAUUCUAUGAGAAGAUUCUGUCAGGCAACCUGGCCCUGCGCAGCCUCUUGGGAAAAUAUGGGGAGAAGCUGUAUACACCUAGUGGAAACAUCGUCCCCAGACACUGGUUCCGCAUCAAACAUUUACCCUACACCACCCGCCGGGACUCUGUACUGCAGGUGUGGAGGGUGGCACUCAACCCAGGCCACUCUUGAGGAGCCCAUCACCAGGACAUUCCCAACUUGUGCAGCCACCACUGAGCCAUUGACUCUGGGGAAUCCUUUGGUGCCUCUGCACCCACUGCCCAAAGUCAGGACAGUGACAAGCUUUGAAAUUAAACAGCCUAGAGUCUGCCCUCACCUACCACUUAUAGACUCGGUGACCUUGGGCAAGUCCCUGUAUGAAUCUUUCCUCAACUGUAAAGUGGAAAGGAUACAAGCUACCUCGAAGGAUUGUAGGGUUGUAUGAAGUCAUGAACAGGAGUGCCUGGCAGACAGCAACAUAAAUAAAGAGCAUAUCACUCUGUCUUAGUCUGUGUAUGGUCCAGUGCACUGUGGGAGUCACGCCAGGUCUUCCCACCAAAGAUGAUUGUAGUAUGUCAACCCUUUCCUGCAGUGAAGAACCGUUAUGUCUGUCAGAUGUCAAUUUUUUCCUCCACUGUGGUGGAGUUAAAAGAUUUAACAGGCCAAGAUGUGAAGUUAGGCCAGAGGCUGCUUUAAGGUGGGCCUGGCAGGGGAGAGGGAUACCACUAGGGUCCUGUGGAUGCAGAUGGCAUGUGCAGACAGGAGAAACCAAAAAGGGGUAGUGGUGCACCAGGAGAGCCCCUGGACCUGAGGGACAGGGAAGUUUUCUGGGAACAUGGCAGGAGCAAGCCAUUGCCAAACAGCCUCCUCUGAGACAGUCCAAAGCAGCAGAUCUCCUGCAGCACAGAGCAUGAGUUUUGAAGAAUUCAAGCCCAGUACCAGUGUAACUCAAGGAAAAAGGAUUAGGCAGCACCCAGGGAAUAGCACUCAGUGGUGGCAGAUCGUUCCUGGGAGGAGAGUGAGCCAGGUAAGACUGAAGGAUGUGGUGGGCAUGACAUACACUGCUGGGAACUGAGCUGGAGCUCAGUGUUCUCAGCCAAUCUGCAAGUCCUUGGUGCCUAGGACACCACAGGGUGUGGGCUUGAAAAACAGAUGAGUGAGAUAGUGACAGGGUGAAUGAGUCACCUCCCUGGCAAAUACAGAUUCCCAGGGCUCUUUGGGAUAUCACGCUGCCUCUGCUGCUGAGCGGUAAGGACCAUAAGGCCAUGUGGGCCACCUGCUUCUUGGCUGGAGAAAUGCGGUUUGGAGUUUGAACAUGAGUUUUUGUCACUCCCCUCUAUCUAGUCUUAAUCUUGGCAGAAACUAAAAUGGCAGCAUCAGAUCCUGAUGAUCUGUCCAACAGUAAGGUAAGUGCUAAGGUUUGAAAGUGUAAGUUGGCCUCGAUGUAGCAGUGUUAAGUAGUACCAGAAUCUUUAAGUGGUAGGAACCUAGAGGGAGGUUGUUGGGGACGUCACCCUCAGAAUUAAUGCUGGUCUUGAGAAAUACGCUCUGGCAAUAGCAAGUUAUAUUUUUGGUUUGUUUUUGAGAAGUCUUACUAUAUUGCCUAGGCUGGUCUGAUACUCAUGCUCAAGUGAUCCAGUUCAGCCUCUCACAUAACUAGUACUAUAGGCAUGUGCUACCAUGCCUGGCAUGAAUUGUUAUAAAAAGAGUGAGACUGCCUUCCCCACUGGCUUUCUGUCUCAUCCUGCGAUCUCUCCUUAUAUGUGCUCCCACCAUUGAAUGCCAUCCUCCAUAAAGUCUU